UGUGCCUUUCUGCGGGGACUGGCGAGGGUGAGGGGAGUAAAGGUACUUGGCUGAUGAGAUAUCAGAUCAAAUGUGUGCAUUCGACAACCUGGGCUCGCCGAGAUUUUAUUGGCAACUAAUGAGUUGAGAAAUAUUAAUCAAGUGAACAACGCAUUAUCUUGGUAAUAUAAAACAUUUAAACAGGCCAUCAAUCACAGCACAGUAGUUAUUGGGAAACGAGGUGAACGAAAGAAAACGAAGAGCAGCGUAAAUUAAAGGUGACGUUACAACGGAGUUGGAAUAACAAACCAAGUCCCUAUUGGAUUACCAGUCGGAAAAAAAGGACUUUCGACACACAACUCUGAAAGCCAGCUAAUGUGAUACACGCCAUUUCAAACAGCGCCAUCGGCUUCAUGUACUUAAGUGCAUACAAGAUAUGAGAAGGAUCUUCUCUAUUUUUCUACUGUUUAUGAGUGACUGGGAUUAAAAGUACCGGUAGCAUCAAUUGUUUUCUAAUGGAUGUGAUUAGUUAAAGCUGACAUUAGAAUGAGUGAGAAGGACUUGCUGCCAGAUAUGAGCAUAUUCAUCAAGACCACCGAUUCAAUGGAGGUUAUGGUGUUUCAAGAAGGGGAGAAAACAGCUCUUGUCGCUGUCAUUUCGUUCAUGGCAAUUAUCAUCGCUCUGGGUAGCAUCGGUGAGUAGCUUAUCCUAUCACUUCAAACCCGGACUGUGGUCUGAAAUUGUGGGAGGGACACAUGCUUUGCUAGUCACUAGAUCCCAUCAGUCUCAUUAAAUCAGUUUUAAAACCUUCACAGAUUUCAGUGUAAAAAAAUUACAUCAUUUGGGAUCGAUAACAAAAUCCAUCUAAGGAAGAGAAAAAGUCGGUGUGUUCGGGUUUCAAAUACCGGAAUGAGUUGCAGUAUAAGUAAAAGCUUAAACUUAAAGAAUUGGAAGUACUUUUGGCUAGGUGAAAGGGUGUGCGGGUCAAAUUUGACUGCAAAGUUAAACAUUGAAUACCUUUGAAUACCAUCACGCUAAUGAGUUUUCUACGGUAUCAAUUAAUGAUUUGGCCCGUAGUCACAUUAUCCAACACGACGACUUCACUUACACAUAUAAUAUCCCCGCAUGUUAUCUUUAUUUCGGACUUCCCCAUCCUGCUGAUAUCUUUAGAGGGUAUGAGCCGAAUUAACCCUUGGCAGUAUUAAAAUCAAAAUAAAUUUACGCAUUAUCUGAGCUCAAGCUCUUAAUAGCUGCAUAACUUUUGGAGUUCCUUGCCUAGGACAGCUCGCCACGCCCCAGGUCACCUUGUCUCCUCCCCCAUCUCAUAUCUACCCCUAAAAUAAACCUCAAACUCACAUAACAAGGGAGCCAUUCAUUGCAAUUACCUGCAAUUGCGCACGUCUACUCACACGUGUCCCUUUAGCUCAAUUUAAAAAAAAAAAACUCUUUAUCUUUGUUUAGCAACAAUCCCGUAAUGAUUAGCGUUAGCCACAUACAUUUGAUAAGACGAAUGUUCAUACCGGUUAGUAAAAUAUAUCAAUCUAAGCUAGCAAGAUAAAUAACGCACAGGGAUAAGAAAUUGAAAUGAUAGUUUUAUAAAAAAAAAAUUAAUCCUGCUUUUUGUGAAGUACAAAAAGAUGUGAAAAAGUAAUUGCUAAUUAUAUUUUUUUUUUUUUUAAUUAUGGGCCAUACAACAAAUACAAGAAUGGGAGGUAAUUCAAAAAAAUUCUUUAUAAAAAAAAUGUGAACGUUGCAUCCCCUUAUUCGGCAGUGGGCAAUUGUGUCAUUGGGAUCAGGGGUGAACAGACAUUUUUGUGUGCUCAGGAUGUGCCAAGGAAAUCUUUGAACAAAGGAUGUUGAAGCUUUUAAGGGAAAAAAAAUGAAAAGGGAGAAAAAAAAUGAAAAGAGAACAAAAACACAAACUUAAGUGUCUGUAGUUCACCAUGUUAUAGAAAAAAUUUGCAAACUUUUUAGGAAUGUUGAGUUGAAAAUACCUACUAACAUUAUAGCAGUUAUAUUCCAACAAUUAUAAAACUACUGGGCUUGUUGGCUUGCCAGAUCUUUCAUAGGUUAAGGGUCUACAUCUUAUUUGGUCACUGAACAUGGUCUUUGAAAAUUCACUCCCGAUUUCAGUUAAAAAUUAAGCAAUGGCAAUUUUUAGUGUACAGUGACUAUUAUUAUUAUAGAUGGACAAUUUUUACACUGAUUACUAAUUUAUGAAUGGAUGUUACUGAUAAUCAUUAACAAUUUGUAUAUUCUAUGAAAACACUUGUCCAGCUUCGGGAAGAUAAAUAUCUGUAUUCAAUAUUUAAGCUUCUUUUCACAAUCCCAAAGUUUUUAAAAACUUCGAAAAAAGAUGUUUAAAAAAUUAAAACAAUGAAACCAAUCUUCCUUAUCCCCAGGUAACAUCCUUGUGACAUUAGCUGUGCUACAAACCAAGAAACUUCAAACAGUCUCCAACCUAUUUGUGGCUAACCUAAGUGUAUGUGACCUCCUGUUUGUGACGGUGGUUCUGCCAGUCAACAUGUACACAUACCUCAUGGAAGGAUGGCAGCUCAAUGAUUACAUUUGCAAGUUCAUUGGCUUUCUGGGCUACACUCUCACAGGUACCGAUACAAGCCGAGACAAUUCUUCCUCUUUAAUAAACAAAUCAUCCACUAAUUGUUCUUUCAUUAAAUAAUUCAAACACACUUUUUAAUAGAAAUUGGUGAUUGCUAAGAGACAAUCUCACAUCACAGAGGAUGCUAACAAAGGAUCUCAUUCACUUGACUAUCUUUUUACUAUUUUCCAGGAACAACAAUUAUGACCAUCACUUUAAUAGCUUGGAAUCGCUAUAAGCUGGUUGUUGAUGUCAGCAGGUAUAAGCAGUUGUUCAGAAAAUGGAACAUUGUAAUCAUGGUCGCAGCAACAUGGGUUGUCCCGGUACUUUUCCUACAACCUGCUGUCUUUGGGGUAAGUCAAAAUGUACAGACUGAGACUGUUUAAAGAUAUACCAUAGCACCUCACCGCCAAAAAUAAAAUUAACGGUUAAAGAUAGAAUCAAUGGCUGAUUAUUGAUUGGACUGCAAAUUUUCGUAUGACCUGCGGCCAUUAAAGGUUAAGCAAAAUUCUAAAAAAUAGAACAGUUGGUUGCUCUACCUCUACGAAAACCUAAUAAUAAAUAUUUAUAUUAAGUUACAAGUAAAGAGAAAUAUUGAGGGAAGAAAAAUUCUAUGCUACAUCAUGAAAACAAUUUUGUAUGUUCUUUCUUUACAGGCAUGGGGUCAUUUUGGUUACAUUCCAAUGCUUUCCAGCUGUAAUUUGGGCUUGGACAACUCAAGUCAGACCUUCAAAAUUUUUCUUCUUAUCGUUCGUGCCGCUAUACCAUGUGGACUCAUCAUUUUCUACUACAGUGCUAUCUAUAUAACAACUCGUGCAUCACACCAGCGCUUGCACAUUUCAACGACAUCGAAUUACAUGAUGAGACAAAAUAACCAUCGCAGAGAAAUGAGGCUAACAAGAAUGAUGAUUGCUAUCUUUGUUGUCUUUGUUUUAAGUUACUUUCCAUGUACAAUUUCAAGUGUCAUUGACUGGAGUCGAAUAUUAAGCAAGACAUUUCAUAUGUUCUGCCAGACGUCUGUUUUCCUUGGGAGUGCAAUCAAUCCUCUACUUUAUGGAUUUAUGAAUGAACAGUUUCGCUGUGCUUAUUACCAGAUUCUAACAUGCAGGGUUAUGGUUCGUGGAUGUAAAGGGAAGAAAAAACACAUGCAUCAAGCUGAAGCCGCAGAGAAAAAGGAAAAUAAGGCUCAUUGCAAAACACAUAAAGACCACUUCUAUGUGAAAUCUGAGGACAGCAUAGCCUCAUCCUCAACCUCAAGGAAGGACAGCACAUGGGAAAACAGUGACUCAGAUGGUUUGCCUAAAUCUGGCACCUGCAGCUCAAACACAUCAACAAAAGGAAUCGUUCCAAGUCAGUCACAAUGUGAUCCGAAAGAUGGACUAAACAAAGUUAUUACCUUUGAAGGCAUUGAACACACUCAGGCCUCUGUUUAAUUACUACCACAGACGGGGAUAUAUCUUAAUGAGGCAUUUAAAGAUGCUGAAAACAAUAAUUUGCAAUGAAAAGGUCAACACCAAUUUGACUACUUCCUGCAACUCUUGAAGAGGGUCAUUUGUUACCAGAUCACAUCUCGUAAUGAUAUAUUUUGUGUUGCUAUAUUAUAUGUUAAUUUUAUUUUUUAAUGAGUAUAUGCAGCUAUUUCAUACAUUAAUUUUUUGAAAAUGAAUACAACUCAUAAAUGUUAUUGACUUUGAUGACUUGUGUACAAAUUAUUUUAAAAAAUCAUACAAAUUAUUUUAAAAAAUCAUAACCUGAAAACUAAUAUUAAAAGGUGAUCACGUUUAUGGGCUCAGUGAUCAUUAGUGGUAGCAAAUAAAUAACAAUCCCUACAAUGUUAGUUCAUGUAUAUAAGUGUCGUAUAAAUA